UUGGGUCCUAUCUCCAUCAUUCCCCACGGUCUGCCUGCCAGACCGUGACAGAACGAUCCUGCCAUCAUGGGCCCAGCGGACUCAAGGACCGUUUCACAGGAGGGGUUGCUCGCCCAGCUCUGGAAUUACUGUCGGAGCAUUAUCCAGGCGGCAGAUCCACAUCAGAGACACAUACAGGUCGUAUUUUUUGAUACUUUCCUGUCUUCAACCACCUUUUCUGUGGGAUUUUUGGACAUUAAGAAAUUAAUUUCUAUUAUAACCAUGCUGAGGGCAAGUUCCAGCUUUGAGCUUUUCGGUUUGGGCUGUCCGGGCGAGGAGGAUGUGGCGACCUCCCUGGGAGCCCUUGCUGCCUGUUUCUUUUCUCAUAGGCAGAUAGCUUCCCCACCGUCGUUUGCGACUCACCUAUUGGACCCUCCAUUGCGGGGGAAACAGCUCACACGCCCUCUGCACCUCACCACAUCUCCACUCACCUCUGCGGCAUCUGCUGAGUCGGCAGACAAAGGACCAGCUGCUCCAAACCACACAGCUGCUCUCCUGCCCGGCCGACUGGUGGAAUCUCAGCCUUUUGCGCCGGCCCCGGCAUCGUCAAAGAAGCGACGCUCGCGCCGCCGGCGCUCUUCUCCGCAGCCGGAGUUCCGGACUUCUCAACAGUCGGCUGUGGACGAAGGACAGCCACCUGCAGGCCUGAUGGGUGUGGCCCUGCCAGCUGCCGGUCACGCCCAGGUUCUCACACACCUGCUUCUGAUCAGGCUCGUCGGGGGAGCUACAUAACAGAGCGAUGGGGCUUCCUCCGGCGCAGGAUCGUUGAGUUAGACUUCAUGAGGAGAGCGGAACACAGGACUGCAGGACGCACGGGGUGUGCGUAGGCACAGGGGCAGAGAGCACAGGAUAUCAGCACUUAGGGGAAGACACGUCACGGGAGUCAAGGGAGCACUCUGGAGAAUUAUUGUGUGGUGUACAUUUACCCCCACUGUAAAUAAAUG